AUGUCCAUCUCCUACGACGGCAAGACGUUCCGCUCCACGUCCAACACGGCCAACGGCGAGGUCGGCGCCGAGACUACGUUUCACUACCACCAAGAUGGUGACAUUGUGUGGGCUGAGUACGCGGGGGGUUCGGUCGUGCGCGGCUCCCUCGUGGCCGUGGUGGUGAGGAGGAGGACGGGGACGGGGACGGGGACGGGGACAGCAGCCGCAGCCGCCGCCACUGCAGCAGCAGUCGCCGCCGCUGACGAGGAUGAGGGCCGGGGUGACGGCGAGGGCGAGUCGCUCGACAUGCGCUACCACCACGUCAACCGCGAGGGGCAGCUGAUGACGGGGCGGUGCGUCUCGCGGCCCGAGGUGCUUCCCGACGGGCGCCUGCGCAUGCACGAGACGUGGCGCUGGACGAGCGGCGACGAGUCGUCGGGGGUGUCUGUCGUCGAGGAGGUCAGGGGUGGGGGGUAA